CAUCCCAGGACCAAGUCUGAGCAGCAGCCUCCCUCCCUCAGCUGCUUGAACUUUUUUUUUUUGUUCUCUGAGGCUGGAAAGAAGUGUCACAUUUUGCUCCCUCCCAAGCCCACGCCCCCACCCUCUCCCAGGGACCGUGUGCCGUGUGGAGGGGUGCCUGUAACUCCAGGAGGAACUUUUGCAGCCCUCUCAUCCUCACGCUAUGAAGUUCCUGGGGAAGCCCAGGAGCCAGACUGCAGCUUUUCUGCCUCUCUGCCUGUUCUUUUUGAAGAGCCUGUGCCCAGGACACAGUCACCUUUACGGCAACCGCUAUGCUGGUGAUAAGGUGAUAAGAUUUAUUCCCAAUACAGAAGAGGAAGCAUUUGUACUGAAGAAAAUAUGCCACCAGCUGAAGGUGGACCUGUGGCAGCCCGGAGGUGUCUCCCAGAUAUCACAGGGAACAGUCACUGAUGUCCACGUUCCCCACAAUGGCUCCCGAGCCCUGUUAACCUUCCUACAGGAAGCCAACAUCCAGUACAAGAUCCUCAUAGAAGAUCUUCAGAAAGUACUGGAAAAGGGAAGCAGUUUGCCAGCCUGGAGAAGUCGAAGAUCCCUCUCUGGAUAUAAUUAUGAAGUUUAUCACUCCUUAGAAGAGAUUCAAAAUUGGAUGCAUCAUUUGAAUAAAACACAUUCAGGUCUCAUUCACAUGUUCUCUAUUGGAAAAUCAUAUGAGGGAAGAUCUCUUUAUGUUUUAAAGCUGGGCAGAUCACGGGCUUACAAAAGAGCUGUCUGGAUGGACUGUGGCAUUCAUGCAAGAGAGUGGAUUGGUCCUGCCUUCUGUCAGUGGUUUGUAAAAGAAGCUCUUCUAACAUAUAGGAGUGACCCAACCAUGAGAAAAAUGUUGAAUCAUCUGUAUUUCUAUAUCAUGCCUGUGUUUAACGUUGAUGGAUACCAUUUUAGCUGGACCAAUGAUCGAUUUUGGAGAAAAACAAGGUCAAGGAACUCAAGGUUUCGCUGCCGUGGAGUGGAUGCCAAUCGAAACUGGAGAGUAAAAUGGUGCGAUGAAGGAGCUUCCAUGCACCCUUGUGAUGAUACGUACUGUGGACCUUUCCCAGAAUCUGAGCCGGAAGUGAAAGCUGUAGCUAACUUCCUCCGGAAACACAGGAAGCACAUCACGGCUUACCUAUCUUUUCAUGCAUAUGCUCAGAUGUUGCUAUAUCCAUAUUCUUACAAGUAUGCAACAAUCCCCAAUUUUAGCUGUGUGGAAUCUGCAGCUUAUAAGGCUGUGAAUGCACUUCGGUCGGCUCAUGGGGUACAGUACCGAUACGGGCCUGCCUCCAGCACAUUGUAUGUGAGUUCUGGUAGCUCAAUGGAUUGGGCCUACAAAAAUGGAAUACCCUACACGUUUGCUUUUGAACUACGUGACACUGGGCAUUUUGGCUUUUUACUCCCAGAGACACUCAUCAAACCCACCUGUACAGAGACCAUGCUGGCUGUGAAGAAUAUCACAAUGCACCUACUAAAGAAGUGCCCCUGAGACACCCCAAGGGGCAGGUCAACCACCAGAAAGAGCCUAUUCUGUGCAAGAUUCAUUUGGAAAUGGGUGUGUAUUGUUACAGAGAAGGGCAACAGCUGAGAGGGAACCUAACUGUGGACUUUAAAAUCCUUCUCAUGCAAUCCCAUUCUCUGUGGCAAUAAAAAAAAAAAAGGUUAAAAAUAAACAUAUAUAGCCUACUUUGUUGUAAGAGAAGAUAUCCAUUUUCUAUCCAUUUAGAGUCUUAUUUGUUUAAGUGAGGAGGGGAUAUUUUCUAAUUUUUUGUCUCAAGAAAUGUACA